AUGCCAUUACUGCAAUCAAGGCUCAUAGGCUGCGCUGCAGCUCGGCGCGCCUUGUCCAAUCCAUCACUCCACAAUUCAAUUCGACGUCCGAUCAUCGCCAUCACAACAACGGCGAUUCUCUCUCGACGACACUACGCUAUUGACCUCACUUCAAUCGACGAAAAAUGGCGCAAGAAAUGGAAGGAGUCUAAUGGAACUGCGAAAGCGUCCGAUAAGCUUGCUGAUAGCAAAGACAAUCACUAUGUGCUACCCAUGUUCCCGUAUCCAUCAGGGACUCUACAUCUUGGCCACCUGCGAGUGUACUCUAUUGCCGAUGUGGUUGCUCGAUACCGAUCAUUGAAAGGCGACAAGGUCAUGUUACCCAUGGGAUGGGAUGCAUUUGGUUUACCAGCCGAAAACGCCGCGAUCGAACGAAACGUUGCGCCAGAAACAUGGACGACAAGCAACAUGGCCAAAAUGAAGGAGCAGCUUGAGCUUAUGAAUGGAAGUUGGGAUUGGAAUCGUGAGCUAUCCACCUGUGACCCCGGUUUCUACAAACACACUCAGAAGCUCUUCCUCAUGCUCCACGAACGAGGCCUCGCAUAUCAGGCCGAGGCCGAGGUCAAUUGGGAUCCGGUUGACAAGACUGUCCUUGCAAACGAGCAAGUCGAUUCAAACGGCUGCUCUUGGAGAUCAGGCGUCAAGGUUGAGAAACGUAACCUUAAACAAUGGUUCUUCCGCAUUUCUGAGUUCCGCGAAGCCCUCCUUGAGGAGCUCGAGGCGCUUGCAAAGGAAAAUGCAUGGCCAGAGCGAGUUCUGGCGCAGCAAAAGAAUUGGCUGGGAAAGUCAACUGGCGCUUCCAUCAAAUUCCCUGUCUUGGCCAUGGGUCAUGACAUUCGAGCUGCGAUCGAAGUAUUCACCACUCGACCUGACACCCUCUUCGGCGUUCAGUAUGUGGCUCUUGCGGUCAGCCAUCCCAUUGUAGCCAAGCUUGCGGCUUCAGACCCCGAGUUGCAAGCGUUCAUUGAUACCAUCCCUGGUCUACCUGCAGACUCAAAGGUGGGUUAUUUGCUGCCACACCUCCGGGCUAUCAACCCGCUUGCCUACCACGAAGAAACGCCCGAUGCCACCAAAGUCUCACUGCCCGUCUACAUUGCACCGUACGUUCUGGGCGACUAUGGCGAAGGUGCUGUUAUGGGUGUUCCUGGCCACGACUUGAGAGAUAAUGCAUUCUGGAAGGAGCACCACUAUGACGCGCCUGUCCGACAAGUCCUAUCCGCAUCUGAGGAUGAGUCAACGACAGCUAUGGAAAACGAGCCUUUUGUCGAACAUGGCAUCAUGACAGAACAUAGUGGUUCCUUCAAGGGCAAACAUUCAGCUGCCGCCGGAGAGGAGAUUGUGAAGUUACUUGAGAAAGCUGAACUUGCUGAGCCAGUUGAGAAGUGGCGUCUAAGAGACUGGCUGAUCAGCCGGCAACGAUAUUGGGGCACCCCGAUUCCCAUUAUCCACUGUAAUACAUGCGGUCCGGUGCCUGUACCAGACGAACAGCUUCCCGUAAAACUUCCCGAUGUGGACUGGGCAGAGACGCGCAGCGGCAGUCCCUUGGAGUCCUCGUCUGAGUUUGUCAAUACGACUUGUCCCAAGUGUAACAGCGCUGCUCGAAGAGACACUGAUACCAUGGAUACUUUCGUCGAUUCAAGCUGGUACUAUGCUCGCUUUGCUGAUCCGCAUAACCAAGACCAGCCAUUCUCUCCCGAAGCCGGCAAGACUCUUCCCGUCGACACCUACAUCGGCGGUAUUGAGCACGCCAUUCUUCAUCUGCUCUAUGCACGUUUCAUCUUCAAGUUCUUGGCCUCAACAGAUUUACUUCCUCAAUAUACUGAAGAAACCUACAAAUCCGCUGAACCAUUUAAGCGUCUGAUUACACAGGGCAUGGUCCACGGCAAGACAUAUAUCGACCCUGACAACGGCCGCUUUCUUAAGCCCGAUGAGGUUGACCUGACGGACCCCAACAAACCCAAGGUGAUGGCUUCUGGAAAGUCGGCCAAUAUCGCCUACGAGAAGAUGUCCAAGUCUAAGUACAACGGGGUUGAUCCGUCAGAAUUCAUCUCCAAGUACGGCGCUGACGCGACCCGCGCGCACAUGCUCUUCCAGGCUCCGGUUGGCGACAUUCUCAACUGGGACGAGGGAAAGAUCACCGGUGUCACACGUUGGCUUCAACGGCUACACGAUCAAAUUACAGCCAUCGCUGCAGAGCCCUGCAAGAAAAAGAUGUCUGCUAGAGACUACCUCGCUGCCAAGCAUGAGAGCCUCGGGUCAGCACCUGCAAAGGAACUUGCGCAGUGGGACGCCGAAGCAGCUAUCUGGCGUGAUGUCCAACGCAUCAUUGCCUCUGUUUCAGAAUCUUAUGACGAAGUUUACUCCCUCAACACAGUAGUAUCAGACGUCAUGAUCCUCACCAAUACCCUCGCUGAUAACACUAUCGCUAGUCCGAUUGUCAAGCGUGAGGCUGCCCAGGCUCUCAUUUUCAUGAUAGCACCCAUCACUCCCGCCUUUGCAGAGGAAUGCUGGGCUCUUCUACACCCUUCCUCACCCUCUAUAUUCGAGUCUACCAGUUUCCCCACAGCAGAUGCCUCCUUGGCCGAGCUCGUCCGGCCGCGAGUGCAGCCCUGCGCAGUGCAGAUUAACGGCAAAGUACGCGGUGUUGUGAAUAUCCCGCCCCCUCCUGCUGAGCUAGCGGGCGAUGAGCUGCGUGACUGGAUGGUCAACGAAAUUCUUCAGACUGAGGAGGGCGCAGCGCGCUUCUCUGGGGGACAGUAUGAUCUGCGUGCAGCCAAGAGGGCUAUUCCUGUGAAGGGAGGAAAGACGAUUAACUUUGUAUUAAAAUAG